AUGAUUUUUCACGAUACACGCUUUAGUUGUCUUUCCUUUUUUGGAUUAUUUCUUAAAUAUAUUCGUCUGUCUUUUUUUCAUUCUUUUCUUUGUUUUUUGGCAAUUACUUUUCAUUUUUCAUUCUAUUUUUUCGUUUUUUCAUUUCCCUUUAUUUAUUUUUUUAUUUUUAUUUUUGUCCUCUUACUUUUUAUUUCUGUUUUUAUUUACUUCAUUUUUUCUUUCUUUUUUUUAAAUUUUUCUUCCAUUUUCCUAUUAUUCUCUAUUUUCUCUUCCUCGUUUCUUUUUUCAUUUCUUCAUUUUCUGCACUCCUUCCAUUUUCUUUCGUUGUUUGCAACACUUUUGUUUCAUUCUUUUAAUUUUCCAUUUUUUUUAUUUUUCUCUUUACGUUUGCUUGUGUUUUUGCUUAAUUUUUACUUUCAUUUACUUGUGUUUGGCCUUGAUUUUACUUGCCAUAUUUUCUUUUCUGCUCUUACUUUUUUUGUUACCUUUCUUUCCUCUUGCAUUCUUUUUCUGUCUACUACUUACUCUCUUUCCUCUCUUUCGUUGCUUCUUUAUUUAUUCAUAGUUCUUAUUUUCAUUUCUUUUUUCUUUUCUUUUGAUUCUCCAUCCUUUUUUUUUGUUUUUCUAUUCAUUUUCGUCUUCCCUUCUUUUUUAUUUUUCUCUCUAUAUUUUACUUUUUUACUUUUUCAUCAUCUUUCAUUAAUUCUUUCUUUCAUUCAUUAA